AUGGCACUGCGAUCCUUCGUGGACUCUGAAGGGCGCUCGGGCUUGAAGUUCUUUGAAUCGAUCUUCACCCACUUUGGCUAUGCUGUGCAAGACUCCUUGGUGAUCCCUGGCCUCUGCGUGAAUGCACGGUGGUAUGAACCGCCAGAAGAGAAGCUUGUAUUGAUGGUUGUCUUUGUUUCAGAGAUGCGGAUCAAGGAGCUCCCAGAAGUGGCGCAGGAAGUGCUUUUCCGUGGCCUGGCAUUCAUGGUGAUGGCUCCAAAAGUGCCCAGCAACGUCACUGAAACAUCACAUGAUGAUGCUAACACCUGUGAGGUCCUAGGCCACGUGGAUGGCUUCUACGAGCCCAGCCGCGCGGAAGGAGCCUUGGCGAAUGGCUCCGCGGCGGUGGCGGAGCUGCUGGAGACGCCGCCCUGGUGCCCCACCGCUGAAGAGCAGUUCCUUGGGCGAACGAUGGGCUUCGGGGAUUCGAUGAUGGAUGCGGAGAGGAGAGGAAGGCAGACGCUGCACCAGUUGGCCAAGGAGCCACACUUGACAAAUGCCGUGGAGUACGCGGCCUGGACCUUGACCCACGGGCACCGCAUCAAUCACGUGACCAUUCUUUUGAACACCCUGGGUAUCGCUGGCGUCAACACCUUGGCAGAUCUCAACGCUUUACUCCAGUCGGAAGGAUUGGUCUUCAAUGCUGCUGGGGGCAGCGACGGCUUGACACAGGGCAGCGUUGAGGUGUCCUUGGAGCAGCAUGGUGCACUACAUUCCAGCUACAUUCGCUGCCUCAAGCCUUCAAGCGAUUGGUUGACCUUCGAUCCAAGCUUUGGCACAAGCAUGGCAAGCCACGGACACCCUAUCAAAAACCUCUACGGACUUACCAAGAUGGACAACUUGCGCCACAACUCGGUUGGGGAAACGAUCGUCUUUGGCAUGAAGGGCCAUGCCAUCGGCCAUGCCAACCAUUUCCAUGCGAAACAUUCGGAGCACAUUGGAGUGCACAACUUGUUUAAUGCACGCCGAUUCUCAGCAGACACUGCCCAGACGAUCCCAGGCAGAGCUCUACGAUCGCAGCUUCUGGGCUGA